CUUCCUGCUUGUGCUCCGGCCGUGCACAGUGCAGGGAUGAGACAAAGAGCUCUGCCCUGCCAACAGCCCCUGUCCUCUGCCUUGCCAGCAGUGACCCCUGAUCUCUGCGCUGCCAGCAGUGACCCCUGUCCUCUGCCCUGCCAGCAUGGACCCAUGAUCUCUGCACUGCCAGCAGUGACCCCUUUCCUCUACCCGGCCAGCAGUGACCCCUGUCUUCUGUCCUGCUAGCAGUGACCCCUCAUCUCUGUGCUGCAAGCAGUGACCCCUGUCCUCUGCCCUGCCAGCAGUGGCCCCUGUCCUCUGCCUUGCCAGCAGUAACCUCUGUCCUCUGCCCUGCCAGCAGUGACCCCUGUCCUCUGCCCUGCCAGUGGUGACCCC